AUGUUAUUGUCGCCCAUUGGGUAUAACGUUUUAAGGAAUGUCAAGAUAAAAUCAGUCUACCAUUCUUUUGGGGUUUUGAUUGGAUUGUGCUUUGAUGUAUACUAUGCUACUCGACACAGUGUAGAAAAUGCUGUAUGUUGUUCAUAUUCAGUCCUGUUUGCGGCUGUCGGAUUAUACGUUGACAUUCAGCUGCUUAGGGGACAUUGGAGAGUUUGGCCUUGUAUCCUUCGACGUUAUAUGUGGUUGGGGAUCGCCGGGUCAAUUCUUUCAGCUUUAAUGCUAUGUGCAAGUUUAUAUUACGAAAUAAGUUAUAGCA